AUGCUCGGCAAGAUCCGGCACAUUCUCCAUAUGAUUCUCGUCAAGCCGGCAGGCCAGCGGCCGCCCCUGCAGAACUCGGUCGGCAAGGUGAAGCGCGGCAAGGCCGACGCGGAGCGCCAGAACCGCUCCAACGCGGAGCAUGCCGUUCUUUUCGAGGCGAUGAACCUCAUGAUCCAUUUGGAGGACAAGUGCGACCCACAGCUCAUCUCGAUGGCCGCCGGGCUGCUGGGCAAUUUUACCCAGUCGACGGACCCGAACAUCCGAUACCUCGGCCUCGAAACCAUGGCCAGGCUGGCCACGAAUGCCGGAACGCAGGAGCACCUGGAGAGAUACCGGGUGACCAUCCUGGAGAAGAUGCACGAGUCGGACGUCUCCAUCCGCCGCCAGGCGCUGAACCUGCUGUACGCGCUGUGCCGGCCCGACAACUGGCAGUCGAUCGUGGACGAGCUGCUCCAGAUCCUUGGGCAGAGCGACUCCCAUCUGAAGGAGGAGCUGGUGCUCAAGAUCGCCAUCCUCGCGGAGAAGAACGCGCCCAACUUCGGUUGGUACGUCGACGUGGUCUUCAAGAUGUUAGAGUCGGCCCCGGAGGCCGUCGGCGACGACGUCUGGUUCCGCGUCGUGCAGGUGUCUCUGGGGAACGUGAAGGAGGCGCUGUUGCACCUGCGGCGCCUCGCGCAGGACGGCGGCGGCCGCACGCCGCUGGAGGCCAACUCUGAGCCGGAGGCCCCGCCCCCGUUCCGGUUCGAGGACAGGGCGAAGAUACCCGAGGAGUUGGUGGCCGGGCCGUUCGAGAAGUUCUCGAUCACGGAGGACGUGUAUUCCACUGCGUAUUUGGUCGCCAGGAACGCCACCGAGGACAUGUACAGCAUCUGGCCCUGGAAGAAUCCCCAGGUACGCAUCGUGUGGUUCUACCUCUUUUUCAUCGUCGGCUCCCAGCUCUUCGUGAUGACGGUCAUCACGCUGUGCUACCCGACCAUGGUGGACAAGGAAGUCCUAUACGUGGACUGCGCCAACGCCACUUCCGUGGCAUCGCUCGUGGAGAGGGGUGCGGUCGAAGACGUGGGGGCCGAGGCUUGCCGGGAGGCGGGCAAGCUCGCGUUUUGGGCUGAUCUGCACGGCAAGCCGGUGGCUUACCACGUCAUUGAGGUGGAUAUACCUUUCUUCGACGCGGUGUUGACUGAGGGCAGCGCUAUCGUGUACAUGUUGAGAUUCAUCUGCUGCUCGUGGGUGUUCUCCCAGAUGUAUUUCCAGCAUUUUGAGAGCGUUCGGUCCCUGAUCGCCUAUCACGACUUCAGCCGGUGGUUUAUCCCGCUGAAGGGCAUGGAGGUGCGGAACAAUUGGGCGAUCGGCAUCGCCUUCGUGCAGUACGGGGUGAUUCUGGUCGUGACGACGGUGUCAUUCGUGAUCGUGUUCGCCCAGAAGGACCCGUUCGACAUAGUCAUGAACUCGCUGGCAUUCACUUUCAUCGCCGAGGUGGGUAGCUACUUCAACGCCCCCCUGGUGAAGCGCCUGGGGGCCACGCGCAUCGAGGGCCUUCCCGAGGACUACGGCGAAAUCAACUACCUCUACCCCGAGUACUCCGAGUCGAAUGCGCUCCGGGAUGACGGCACGUACACCGACGAGGGUUGGUACAUCCUGGAAGAGGAGAGCAAAGCUGGGCUCCUGUCCGACUACGAGGUGAAGCAUAACCCCGACGCCUACCCGCGCUCGGAGCGGCUCACGUUGGCCAUGCACCGGCGCCCAGCCAGCUCCAGCCCCGCCGAUCGGGGGACCCUUGCUCGCAACGCGUGUGGGAAGUCACUCUUGAGGUCCUUCGCCGUUCUGGGGCACCGGGAGCCUGAGAGCCAGUCCCUUGGAGCGGGAACAGAGAGGGGGGCGCAGGUCGUCACCGGGUUCGAGGACUCGCAGACCGAGUCUGAGCGGAACGGCCUCAAGAGGCACGCCGCACUCAAGGCGUUCCAGAGCCUGUCCAUGACCCACCCGAGCGGCCCCCGGCUCCACGACACGCUGGUGAAGCUGGCCGUGUACCUGAUCGGGGAGUUCGGCCACCUGCUGCCCCCCAGCAUCGUGCCCAAGGCGAAGGUGGACGUGUUGAAGCAGCACUUCGGGAAG